UAAUCAUCUCCGUUUGUCAUGGCUUCUUUUAUGAAAAUAAUUUUCUUGAUAGUGUUUUCCAUUUUCAUGUUUGGUUCGCAAAUACAAGCAAAGCCCGUCGAUGACAAAAAUGUGGCUGAGGCAUCCGACGAAAUGAUGGAAACAGCUGAAUUUCAGUUCUUACCUCGAUUUGCUAUGAGAAGAUUGAAGGAGAGACGCGAGAAGGCCCGAGCUGAGAGAAGGAACAAUCAAAACCAGGGAAGAAUGUACCAAGCGUAUAGACCCAGAUGUCCAGACAGAUAUUAAAAAUGAAGGCGCAAGUAAUUUUCUCCGUGGCAUUGUGGCUUACCGCAUACGCAAGUUCAACUACUGAAAAUGCAGAUAUUUUUAAUUUAAUACAAACUGAAAACAAUGAACCAGAACCAAUAGAGGAAAUAAAUUUGGUCAAUAGUGAUUUGGAACAAAAGGCUGACGAAUUGAAUUCAAGUAGUGAAUCAUAUAAUUUGGUGUCAAAUGUUGACGCAACCAUGGACAUCGUUAUUGAAGAAAAUAUUCAAACACCGUUAAACACUUUGAUUCCUGAAACACCCGAAGUUGAUGUAGACGAGGUGGCAAUAGCUGAUGAAGAAAUUUUAUACAAUGACGUCGUUAAUAGAGAUCCGAGUGAAAUAAUGGACACUGCGGCUGGAUUUGUGCCCAUCCCUAUCAUUAAAAGGAGACAAAAACCACAAAAGCGAUACGGAUUACGCAGACAUUUCUUAAGGAAUCCUUAUAGGAGAUAUCAGCCCUUUUACCCGUAUUAUUACUACAGGUUUUACCGCCCUAGCUCUCUCAGAUAUUUUUAUUAUUAAUUUUUAAGCUAUAUUACUAGGUUUCUUUUUAUAUAAAUAAAAAAAAU